AUGGCGCGGAUAAACCUGCCGCCGCUGACCCGCAGCCUGCUCGCGUCGCUCGUUGUCUUCACGCUGCUCAACUUCAUCCUGCGCCCGGUGCCCAACUGGGUCGAGAAGGUCGAGAAGCCCCUCACCAGCGUCGGCAAUGGCGUGCCCUACCUCGCCAUCGUGCCCGGCGUCUCCGCCAUAUACCCGUGGGUCUUCGCCCUGGCGACCGUCGUGGAGCAGAACGUGCUAGGCCUGGUCGUGACCGGCCUGACCAUCUUCUACGGCGGCCGCUAUCUGGAGCGCGCAUGGGGCUCGACCGAGUUCACCAAGUUCAUCCUGUUCGUCGCCAUGAUCCCGAACGUGCUGAGCUUCCUGCUCUACGUAUUCGGCUACCUUCUCUCCAAGAAUGCUGCAGCUCUUACCACAACCAUCUCUGGCGGCAUCGCCAUCCAGGCCGGCUUCCUCGUCUCCUUCAAGCAGCUCGUCCCCGAGCACACCGUCGCAAUCGCCAAGGGCCUGAUCCGCAUGCGCGUGAAGCAUUUCCCCGCCAUAUUCCUCCUCGCAAACACAAUUUCGGGCAUCGCCCUGGGCACCGAGACGGCCAUGUUCCUUGCUUGGUUCGGCUUCUUCACCGCCUGGGUCUACCUCCGCUUCUACCGCGUCAGCCCAUCGCUGUCAUCUGCUGCCACCGGCGACGGCUCCGUCAUCAAGGGCGACGCCUCAGAUACCUUCGCUUUCGCCCACUUCUUCCCGGAGCCCAUCCAGACCCCCGUUGGAAAGGUGGCCGAUCAGGUCUACAACACGCUUGUGUCACUGAGAGUGUGCUCGCCAUUCUCGGCAGAGGACAUUGACGCCGGGAAUGAGCAGGCCAGUGCGCGUGCAGAGGGCGGUCUGCCCAGCAUCAUGAACCCCAACAGUCGGGGCGGAAAAGGCGGAGCAACACGGGCUGAGGCAGAGAGAAGACGGGCGUUGGCUCUCAAGGCUUUGGAUCAGCGAUUACACGCUGCAACUGCCCGAGGACAGGCACCAGCCACUGCGGCCCCGGCUGGCCCCGCACCGAGCAUGCUGGGAGAGACGAACUACGAACCCGAGCGACACGACGAGCCCGCUAAUCCAGCUUCAUAG